UCGUCUAUUAAAACCCUAGCACUUUCUCCAUAUUCUUCACACAAACAUCACAAGCUUUUUAAAGAGAGAGUGUUUAGUUUUUCUUUUAACUUAUAUAUUACAAAACCUUUAUAACCCCCACUCAUAUACUCAUCAAUGGCUUAUUCUAAGAUUGCUCUCCUCCUCAUUUUGAAUGUCAUUUUCUUCACCUUGGUCAGCUCGAAUCCAGUCCCUUACCGCAAACCCACUUGUAAAAAUGCUCUUAAAUUCAAGGUGUGUGCCAAUGUGUUGGAUUUGGUUAAGGUUUCUCUACCAACAAGAUCCAAAUGUUGCGGACUUAUCAAAGGUCUAGUUGAUCUUGAAGCCGCAGUUUGUCUCUGCACUGCCUUAAAAGCUGAUCUCCUUGGCCUCAAACUAAAUGUUCCCAUUUCAUUGAGUGUUAUCUUAAACCACUGUGGUAAGAAGGUUCCAUCUGGUUUCAAAUGUGCCUAGUGGUUGCGCAGUUUUAAACUGAGACUCUAAACCAUUACUUCAAAAGUUCAUUUCUUGUUUUGAGAUAUCUAUUUGUUUCUACCAGUAUCCAUUGUUGUACUUUUUACAUGUUUAAUCAAUAAAAUAAGAAGUUUUGGUUCAGAAAAAUUGAAAUAAAAAGUUGCUUAUUCUUUUUAAUUAAUUGAUGCUCUUAAUUUUCAGUGUUACGUGUUAUUACAGUACUGUUCCAUGAACCUUUUAAACAUGAAAUAGAUGCAACCGAUUGAAUA